GGAAGCCACUGGUGUGAGUGACAGGUCUCAUCAUGGAGCUCUUCGGUGGCUUUCUGAAAUGGUUUGGAGUCGAGGCAAGUGAACUCUCUGUGACUGUGUGCCUCUUUCUGCUGUUCCUUUGCCUCCUUUACUGGAGGAGAACGGAGUGAUCUGAUCAGAUUUCAAUCACACGGGCCUGUGCACUUAUCUUUUAAAUGUCAUCCUGUUUGAAUGCAGACAGUGUCCAGAUUGUGGAUCCAUUUUAAUGUCAUUCGAGGACAGGGUUGAAGGAAAACUUUUACAUCCAGGACAAAUGCCUGAGGAAUACCACUGUGGCAACAGUCAACAGGGUAUUCUGUCUACCCCUUCUCCGUCUUGGAACGCUGCGGAAUCAGACAUCCAAAGCCAUCACCAUUUUUUGGUAACCUCAUGCUGUUUCGAAACGGUUUUUUUGGAGCACAUAGAGACCUUAUAAACAAAUAUGGACGAGUUUGUGGUUAUUAUUUAGCACGGAGGCCUGUUGUGGUAGUAGCAGACCCCGAUAUGCUCAGACAUGUGAUGGUGAAAGAAUUCAGUAAAUUCCCCAACAGGAUGACAAUAAGAGGCGGCACUAAACCCAUGAGCGAGAGUCUGAUUAUGCUAAAGGACGAACGCUGGAAACGUGUCCGCAGCAUCCUCACACCAUCCUUCAGUGCGGCCAAGAUGAAAGAGAUGGUUCCUCUCAUCAACACAGCAACAGAGACAUUACUGAGAAACCUGAAGACCCAUGCCAAGUCUGGUGACAGCUUUGACAUCCACAAGUGUUUUGGCUGCUUCACAAUGGAUGUGAUUGCCAGUGUGGCGUUUGGUACACAGGUGGACUCUCAGAACAAUCCAGAUGACCCGUUCGUGCACCACGCCUCCAAGUUCUUCUCUUUCACCUUCUUCCAACCCAUCAUGAUUUUCUUCCUUGCAUUUCCAUUCCUCAUCGCGCCCCUUGCUGGUCUACUCCCAAAUAAAUCGAGAGAUGAAAUGAACCGUUUUUUUAUCAGCUGUAUCCAGAAGAUCAUUAAACAGAGGGAUGAUCUGCCCCCAGAACAGCGACGACGAGAUUUCCUGCAGCUGAUGCUGGAUGUGAGAAGCAACAGUGAGUGUUUGUCUCUGGAGCAUUUCGAUGUGGUAAACCAUGCUGAUGAACAGGCUUGCACAGAGCAGGGAACAGCCAACGGACAGGAAAACAGUCCUGGCCAUGAAUCCAGCAGGCGCACCCAGCAGAAGAGAAUGAUGACAGAAGAUGAGAUUGUGGGUCAGGCAUUCAUCUUCCUGUUAGCUGGCUAUGAGACGAGCAGCAACACACUAGCGUUCACGUGCUACCUGUUAGCAAUCAACCCAGACUGCCAGGCCAAAGCCCAACAGGAAGUGGACGAAUUCUUCACCACACAUGAGACAGUCAAUUACACUAAUGUCCAAGAGCUGAAAUAUUUAGACAUGGUCAUCUGUGAGGCCCUCAGACUCUAUCCACCUGCGUUCAGGUUUGCACGAGAAAUAGAGCAAGACUGUGUGGUAAAUGGCCAGUUUUUGCCAAAAGGGGUGUCCAUGGAAAUCCCUGCAGGUUUCCUUCACCGUGACCCAGAGCACUGGCCCGAACCGGAAAAAUUCAUACCCGAGAGAUUCACUCCAGAAGCCAAGGCCAGCCGGCACCCAUUUGUAUAUCUGCCGUUUGGAGCAGGGCCACGCAGCUGUGUGGGCAUGAGAUUGGCUCAGCUGGAGAUAAAAGUGGCUCUGGUGCACAUAUUGAGAAGGUUCAAUGUUAUGGCCUGCGAGGACACUGAGGUUCCUCUGGAGUUAAAGUCAAGUACUACACUUGGACCCAAGAAUGGAAUUCUUGUCAAAAUCACCAAAAGAGAGAAUUUUGAGGAUGAGUCCUGAUAAGAGUUUCCAUUCCAAGAUUUUACAAUCUGAUUCUUUUCUAAUCAUAUCACUUAAAAUGAACCAAUAUCUAAACUCUUAUUCUGGAAUCAAUUUCAUGUGUCAGUACUAGUCCAGGCAUCUUUAAGAGACAGUCCUUUAUAUACACACAUUGACCAACAGCUUGUUCUGCUUGUAUGAUCAGUUCAGUGUUGUAAGAGGAAGAUGGACUUAUUUUGUUAUUGAAGCUAAUGAUCAUUUCCCUUAAUUAUAAUGUAAAUAUGAUUAACUAGAUCUAAUUUCAUCAAAACUGCUUUUUUGGGGGCCUGGGUAGCUCAGCGAGUAUUGACGCUGACUACCACCCCUGGAGUUCGAAUCCAUGGUGUACUAAGUGAGUCCAGCCAGGUCUCCUAAGCAACCAAAUUGGCCUGGUUGCUAGGGAGGGUAGAGUCACAUGGGUUAACCUCCUCGUGGUCACGAUUAGGGGUUCUCGCUCUCAAUGGGGCGCGUGGUAAAUUGUGUGUGGAUCGCGGAGAGUAGCAUGAGCCUCCACAUGCUGUGAGUCUCCGCGGUGUCAUGCACAACAAGCCACGUGAUAAAAUGUGCGGAUUGACUGUCUCAGAAGUGGAGGCAACUGAGACUUGUCCUCUGCCACCCAGAUUGAGGUGAGUAACUGUGCCACCAUGAGGACCUACUAAGUAGUGGGAAUUGGGCAUUACAAAAUUGGGGAGAAAAAGGGGAUUAAAAAAAAAAAAAAAAACUGCUUUUUUGUCAGUGCACUGUGUAAUACGAAUAAAAAAACAAGUUCUUUAAAUUUAGAGGUAAAUGUAACUAUAAAAGAAACAAAGCUGCCUAAAUUAAAAAGAGAGGCAUUUAUUGCCAUAUUUCCACUCUAGAAAUGAUUUGAGUGAUUUUGCAUCUUAUAUUAUUAUAUCCUUUAAUUUAUUUUACAUUAAGCUGCAAUGCAGCACCAUAAUAUGAUUGUUGAGGUUCAAGUUGUACUAAGUGCUGCAUUAAGAAAAUGUGAAUGUGAUUUUUUAUUUUACCCAACUUAUGAACAUUAGAAAGAUAACAUUUCAUUUACUCAAAUGAUAAAAAAGUGAAUUCAAAUGACUAAAUUAAAAUUUUCCUUUGUGAGCAUAUUUCAGCUUGCUCACAAGGGUUCUAAAUACAAUUAUUUAAUCAAACUACACAAUGAUCACUCUAAAACUUUAUAGAUAUUAGUUUAAUUUUUUUUUUUUUUUAAAUGCAUGAAGCUGUUCAUGCAUUUAAGCUGUUUUGAAACGAUGUGUGUUGUGAAAAGUGCUAUACAAAUAAAAAUGACGACUUGAUAAA